CAAUAAGUCUCUCUUGACGAGGGGAGCUCGAUCGGGAAGUGUUCGGUAUUCUGUUCAACUGUUCAGUUAGUUGCUUGGGAGUUAGAAGUCCCGACAAAAAUGAGGCGGGAUUUUCUGUCACUGACACCAAAGCUCACCAAAAAAGUAGUCUGAGAGCUCUAGUAGCAGACAGCUGUCUCCGAGCACGCAGCAGCUGUAGAAGCUACUGGUACGGCUACCCCCAGUCUCCUGGUCCACCCCACCGCCGACAUACUGUUAUCACAAGAAGAAGCUAAAAGAGGGAGAGAAUACUUACUUCGAAGCCGACCUCCAGACUAAGAGAUCCAUCAGGCUAUUUUAGUAAAGAAGGCUACCCUGAGAAUGGCUGACAACGAAAACAUCGAGGUGGAAUCACCAGCCCUCAAAGAGGAGCUCCUGAAGGAGGAACCCAUGGGAGAAGAGGAAGACAUGGAACCGAUGAAGGUGGAGGCAUCCACUGCUGAUGCUUCGUCAGGCUUGAAGAAGACUUGGGAUGAUUGGACAGAUUGGAUGUCCGGCAGUGGAGGCCGUGGCGAUGAGAAUUUGCUGCCGGCCAAGUACAAGUUGGUCACCGACGACAAUGCCCGUUAUUACUCGUUGGUGGCUUUGCAGGUUAGCGUAGCAAUUGCCUCGAUCAAUUCCAAGCUUCUGAACCCAAACUAUCCAAUCAUGGUGUCCCCAGGUGCGCACGAGGACUCGUUUCCCAGCACGGAGCCCUUUGCAUUCAACUCAGCGACGUACUUUAUCCCGAUGUGCACCCUUUUGGGAGUGGCUAUAUCCAGCAUCGUUCUUGGAGGGAUCAGUGACCGUUUUGGUAGGAAACCCGUCCUUUUGAUCUUGGCAAUCAUUAGCACCUUUGGGAGUGUCGUCAAGUAUUUUUGCCGCCAUCAAUUCUGGGCGUUCUGCAUUGCGCAAUUCAUAUUUGGAUUCUUUCUGUCAAGUCUUCCGGUGGCCAUGGCCUACGUCGGUGAUGUGUUCACGAACAAAGAGGAAAAAGAAAGCCAGUUGGGUCUCCUUGUGGGUUGCUCCGUCAUGGGCAGUUCGGGUGGAGGAAUCAUUGCAAUCCUCAUGGAAUCCACUGGUCUCUUUACGCCACUUUUGGUCGGGGCGGGUCUCAGUGCCAUAGCUGCGAUCGUAUUGAGCACUUGCUUGAUUGAGCCUGGCGAUGCCCGUUUGGUGGACACCAAAAAGAGCAUUGAUUUGGAUGAUGAGGAUGUGCUCAAACGUCCAGAUGAAAUCAAACAGUCUGUCAUGUGGAAUGUGGUGGCUGGUGCCCUCUUGGACAACAUUGGUUCUACUGGAUUGUUCCCGCUGUGUCUCUCGCCCCUUGCCAUACAACAAUACCAUCUGCAAUUUGUGACCGCCGACCCGGAAGAAGAACCCAUCAUGUCUCUGACUGGAUACAAAUGGCUUUCGGUCUGUGUUGCGCUCAUGGUCAUCCCAUCAACCUUAAUGACGCCCCACAUCUUUGCCAAAAUUGGAGUUGCCGCAACCUGUGUGAUGGGGAAUAUAAUGACUGCGGCCUUGACCAUGGCAUUGUUGGGUAUUGGUACAGGGCCUGCCACAGAAACGUACUUUUAUAUUUUUGUGGCUGUUUUGUAUGGUGGGUUUCCCUUUACUGUUUUCAGUCAGCUCACUACUGGCCCCAUGCUGGAUGUGUUGGCACCGGAAGACAAGAUUGGUUAUGUCCAGGGACUCAACAAUAUGGCAAUGAACUUUGGCAUGGCCUUCGCUCCUUGGGUGUUGGGCAUUUUGGCAGACGCAACCACAACAGAAACGGCGAUUUGGACUGGUGUUGCAAUUAGUUUCUUGGCUGCCCUCACAAAUGCACCUCUCAUGUGGCAGCCACAAAUGGGUAAACCCAUCGCUAUUCCGCCUUCCUACAAGCGCGUGUUGGAUGGAGAAGAUGAAGAUAUUGUCAAGAAGGUGUUGGAGGGGGAGUAUGUACCCGAUGACGUUAUGUUCGAUCUCAAUCGUCAGAGAAUGCUCAAACACAAGCCCUUCUUGGUACCAAAGGUAAAGCCAUACGAAGAGGAGAGAGACUCAUUGGAUGAGUUGUCCAAAAAUGCAGGAGAAACGUUUCGCUUCAGAAAGAACAUGCGUGAUCGUGUGCUGAAUGAGAUGGCCAAAGACGGUGGCAGAGCCAGGGCGGAAGAAUUUUGUGACCUGGUUAAUCUGGCCAACGGAAAAGUUGAGCAAGCCGACAAAGAAGAGGUUAGCGCCGAUCUGGGCAAGUGGAUCGGAGACUAUUUGCAAGACAAUGGCUACAAUCCAGCCACCAAUCCCGUGUUGAUCAAGCAGAUGGUCUUGACGGCCUUCCCGCAAAUUUCUCGCGAACCAAUCUCCGCUGACAACCUUGAAGAGCAGGCUUUUCGCUCUCGUCAAAUCUAUUCACAAUACAUUACUGUGACCGACCGACAGAAGAACAAAUAUUCGUUGAAGGGCAUCCUAAGCACGCAGCCAAACCAGGGCUUCUACUAGCUAGCUGGUAACGAGUGCCGAGCUGAGAGGAGAGGGAAGGCCAUCAGUCAUGAAAGUGGAAAUUGUGACAAGCAAGGCAAGGAAUGUUGGGUGUGCGGUAAUUUGCAUUGCUAACUUGUACCAGUGUGUGUGAAAAAUUGAUCAAAAUCUUGCUGUCUCGAGCUCUUUGAUGAAAUCCUCGAUUGGCCCGCAUCGUUGCUUCAUUCAUAUUCUAGCUGGUUAUUAGUUCGUCACCAGCGUCGUCAUCCUGGUUUCCAUCCAACCCUUUUGCCCUCUCCAGAGUCCACCUGAGGGACCACCAAAUAACCAAUCGUUUGGCCGUGUCUUCUCCCUGGGCUUCAACCAACUUAUCCCAAUGAAAGCUGUGGAACACACUCUUGGGCG